AUGCUUGCUGAAGUUCAGGGAAGUCAAAUUGGGAAAAGGGAGAAGAGGAGACUUGGAUUAGCUGAAAAUAAAAUGCAGGAAGUUGAUGCAAAACUUUUCAACUCAAAAGAAAGUGCCGCGUCUGGUCGUAGAGCUAAUGAAAUAAGGCGGUUAGAUGCGUAUUUACAAGCAUGGUUGGAUGCGAAUGAUAUUGAAGAUACAGAAGAGUUGAGGCAUGAAAGCGAUAAUGUAAUUUCUGAAAUAGAUUGUCUAGAAAAUCUACAAGAAAACAGUGCUCCUAGCCAUAAAGAAAGGAAAAGCAGGUUAGUGGAAGACUUCCUGAUUCCGGCGCUCAACUACAAGACAUAUGGUGAUCUUUUAAUGUGGGAUCCUUUAAACCCUUCAUGUUUUUUACUCAGUUGGACACACAAAGCUGCUUCUGCUUGGAAUCUGGAACAAGCCGCUGUUUUUGCUGCUUGGGAUGAAAUUAAAGGACGACCAGUACCGAAGAAUAGAUUGGACUUCGUUUAUUCCAAGCAACGCAUGAGAGCAGCUUUAAAAGCGGCAAAAAAUAUCGAAGGGGUCAAAGGCUUCGGUGGAUAUCGCAGAUAUAAAAUUUUAAAUUUAGAUAAUUAUGAAGUACAACAGGAUUUUAAAUUCAAAUGCCCAAGUAAUGGAGAUGAAAAUGUUCCCAACAAUACACAGCUUGUUUUAAAAGAGGAUUUAAUUUUUGAAGAUUAUCAUGAUACUGCUGGCAGUCCAGAACCACCUGAAACUGAGAAGAGGAAGCAAAAUUCAUCAGAAAAGCGGGAUCUGUCACCAGAAAAACAGAAUUCACGAGAAAUGACUCCAUAUCAUCGUCACACACGCUCUUUAACACAGAAAAUUGUUGAAAUUUGUCCUGAUUCAAAAGCAACUCUGUUUGAAGAAAUCGAUGACAUGCCGAGGAUACGAAAGAAAUAUCCACCCAAAAGAUCUGUGCAACAAGCGUUUAAUGAAGAAAUGAACGGUGGUGAAGCUGCAACUGAACCUAAGGAAGAUUGCACAUUACCAAAGAAGAAAAAACCUCCAAGUCCAAAGAAACGAAAAAGACGUAUCAGACGUUUCACACCUAAGAAAAAGCCCCCAUCUAAGCAUUUGAGAAAAUGGAAGAGACCUAAAAAGACUGUCAAAAUAAAUAUCAAAGAGUACUCUGUUAAGAACAGAAAAAUUAUCAAGAAAGCAUCUGCUCCACUUCAAUAUUCUGUGUUGGAAAAUGAAUCAUUAUAUUGGAAAACAUUAGACCAAAUGGCAACUGAAGAUGUUAAACAAGAGCCAAUUGAAAAUUUUGUGGUUGGUGUUUCUGAGAAAUCGAAUCAUGAGUCUCCUGUGGAGAAUGAACAAAUUGUUCCUGAGUCGACGACUAUCAAAAUCAGUUCAGAGUCCGUUUUAAACAGUAAUGUAAAAGAUGAACCAAUGGAAUUUGUUUCAGAGGAGAAUUUUUUUUCUCAGGAGCCAGAUGAAGAAUCGGAAUAUGAAUCAGAACCUCCAAGCCCAGCAUCCGAUCCUGAUACUUCAGUAAAUGCUUCGCUACACCAGGACUUAAAAGGCUCAGGUCAUUCGCUCAUUCGUGAUUUUGUAAUACCUGCCCUUGACAAUGAAACAUAUGGAGAUCUUUUGAAGUGGGACUCAGAUGAUCCAUCGGUAUUUUGGAUAAAAUGGACGCAUAAGGCAAAGUCUUCUUGGUCUAAAAGUGAUGCUGCUGUAUUCAUAGGGUGGGACAUAUUCAAAGGAAGACGAACACCAAAAACUCCUUUAGACUUUGUAGAUGCCAAACAACGACUACGAGCCGCUUUUAGAAAUCUUAAAACUGUUGAACAUGUGCAGAUGAAAAAGGGAUAUCGAGGAUACAGGAUUUUUGCUUUAGCCGGUGUUGAAUCUAUUAGAGAAAGAAAAAUAACAGUUCAAAAGUAUCUUAAAGCAGCCCAAGAAAUGGAAGAAGCCUACUGUAAAAGCCAAGCAGCUGCAAAACUCAAGUCGAAAGAGUAUCUGCUCAGACCAAAAUUGAAGACAAAACCAAAAUUAAGAGAUCAUCUGGAAAAAAAAGGAAAUAGUCCUUCUGCUUCUCCAAAGAAUUCUUCCGAACUACUUGAUAGUUAUCAUCAUCACACGAGGUCCCUAACUAGAAAAAUGGUGGAAAUUUGUCCAAACCCGAAACCAAAGCGCCGUGAUCAGUUCAAUGGUGUCUUUAAAAUAUCUACAUCAGAAGAGAAAGAAAAUAUUGCCCAAUCUUCAAAAAUUCCUAGAACUCCUACUAAUGAGCACAAGAAACCUGUUCACGAAAUCAAUUUAUUUGACAUAUAUCACGAUAUACAUCUCAUACGCCAAACAAAACCAACUGUCAGGUAUGAAGAAACUCAUGACACAAUCAAAGAAGCACGUCCGCCAUGGACAGUACCUAAAGAUGCCAAAUGUACUGUUUGUCUUAGGCCUGCUAACAGUGCUUGCUUUUACUGUUGUGUUGUGUACUAUUGCUCCACAGAGUGUUCAGAGAGUCUUAUCAACAAAAGCCAUUAUGAAUUUUGUAAAGAUAAAUAUCUGUCCAAAUUGAAUGUUAUAAAAUUGCAUCGUCCAAUAGCAGAAAAGCAGCCCUGUUUAUAGCAUUUUGUUUCACUUUUUGAGAUAUACAAAACAAUGAGAUGUAUAUUUCUUUCUCUCUUUUUUUUUAGAAAUAAAUCUUUUAUAA